AUGAUGGAAUACGGAAGAACGCGCAAAGGGCCGCUGCCUGGAGGUCGCCAGGGCGCGUCUGGAGCUGGCGCUGGACGCGGCAGCAUGCGAACCACCAGCCGAGCGCGAGGUGCUGCACGACCACCCAGCAGCCCCUCGCAUCCAUCAUCCCCACCAGCUGGCUUGGUGUCGGCAGGGUCUUCGCGGGCCCAGCAAUCGGCACCCGCCUCUGGUGGAGUACGCCGCAUGCGUUGGACAACCCAGAUGAACAGCAACGCAUUGCGGGCGUAUUUUGGGGCGAAAGGGGGAGAAACUGGAUGUUUGGCGUAUCGGGCUAGGAUGCAUCGUCUUUUUGCUGAGCUGGAGCCAUCUUUAACCGUCACAGAGCAAAACCUGGCAGACCGAGUUCGGUAUAUCUUGCGCUCAAAUAUAUUUGAUGUCGCCGAACUCGAACGGCUACGACGUGAGGCUGUUCCCUCGUCGGAUGAGAAUGCUACGGCUGAGGAUGCGGCGCCACAAAUGGUAGAGCAACCCGCAAACGUGGAUGCCGCCGUGAAUACCCCAGUUGUGGUUGAUUCAAACGAUGAUGGAACAGUCGCCCAGGAACUGGAAUUAGAGCAUAUGAGGAGUACAUUGGAAGAGUCGAUUGUGAAAACGCGCAGUACGCCUCUCGAAAAUCGACCGCGACUUCCCCGCAUAGCCCUAAGCAAGCGGAAUCGGGCUGUCGUGAGGGCUCUGAACCCAAUGCUGGUGACCUAUUUGGAAGCCAGCCGGGACCUUUGCGAGACGGACUCAAUUCUUUUUGGCGCCGCGCUGGCAGUCUGCCGUAUCAUAGGCGCCAAAGGUUUCCACGGCUGGACGCGCUACUGGCCAUAG